AUGGAUGACCCCUUCAUUUCCUGCCCUUACGAGCCGAACCACCGGGUCCCUCGGUCCCGAAUCCAAGCCCACAUCGUAAAAUGCCAAAAAAACUACCCAGAGCUCGCGAUCUGCCCGUUCAAUGCUACACACCGAUAUCCCGCAGCUCAAAUAAAACAUCAUGUAGCCAACUGUCCCACAAAGCAGGCUAUGUUUCCUGAGGACGUGCCUGCAAAGGCCGCCGGAGCCCUGACGAAGCCUAAACCAAUACUGCAGAGGGAGUAUUUACCGGAGACUGACCCCAAUCAUGAGAUUUGGGAUAACUAA